AGCGGAUCUUCCAUUUACAAUCGGCGUUCUUUGAAAAAAUAACUCCAAAGCUUGGCUAUAGUAGAAUUAGACCAAUGCAAACCUCCAAGAAGAAUUUUAGUAAAGAAAUGUUGUUUUAUUUUAUUCUGUAGUAAAACACGUGAAACUCUCAGUAUAAAUAGACUACCACGUUCUUCUGCAGCCCAGUUAGUGGCCAGUUGCAAGGUUAGGAUGGGUCCGCUGAACGGCAGUGACUUAGUGGAUGCUGAAGACGCACCGAGAGAUGAGGGUCUGGCCAAAGUGGAGAUCGCGCUGCUCAGCGUCAUCUUCGUCAGCGCCGCCGUCCUCAACACCUCCCUUCUACUGGUCCUCUGGAGACAGCGCAAGCAGAUGUCCAGGAUGCGCGUGUUCGUGUUUCACCUGUGCCUGGCGGAUCUGGUGGUCGCGUUCUUCCAGGUGUGCCCGCAGCUCAUGUGGGACGUCACGGACCGGUUCGUCGGACCGGACCUGGUGUGCCGCCUGGUGAAGUACCUGCAAGUGUUCGGCAUGUUCGCGUCGACCUACAUGAUCGUGGUGAUGACAGUUGACCGAUAUCAAGCCGUGUGCAACCCCAUGGUGAGGUUUCAGAAGACACGCACGAGACUGAACAUCCCCGUGUGCGUGGCGUGGGGAGUUUCUCUGCUCGGCAGUCUGCCACAGAUUUUCAUUUUUUCCCAGGUCGAAGUCGCACCCGGUGUAUUUGACUGCUGGGCCAAGUUUAUCCAGCCAUGGGGCCUGCAGACCUACAUAACAUGGACCACCCUGGUCAUUUUUGUUUUGCCCGUUGUCACAGUCGUUGUUUGCCAGGUGCGCAUCUGUCGAGCCAUCCAGAUUAACCUGUACCAAAAGACCCAGCAGAGCGGCAGCGUGGGUGUCCCACUGCCGCCCAGGGCCAGCGGCGUCGUGGGAAUGUCCAAGGCCAGGGUCAAGACGCUGAAGAUGACCGUCGUCAUCGUGCUGGCCUAUAUUGUUUGCUGGGCUCCUUUCUUCAUCGUCCAGCUUUGGUCCGCCUGGGACUCACAUGCGCCAAAGGAAACUGCGACUUUCACCAUCCUGAUGUUACUGGCCAGUCUAAACAGCUGCGCCAACCCCUGCAUUUAUCUACUGUUCUGCAGCCAGUUUCCCAAAAGGCUGGCGAUGCUGCUGUGCCAGCGGCAGCUGGACUGUAAAGAGUCAAUGCACGAAGACGCGACGCUGGUCAGUACUUUAUACAUGAGUUUCAAACACGUGUCAGACUCUAAAUAAAGCGUUAUUCUCCGCUAACUGCCUGUAGGGUGCGUCUCAUCGAGCUGUUUCUGAGCUCUCUGCAUUUGUUCCUGCUGAAAGUACGAAAUGCCGAGCAAACAUUGUGUCUUUUUGGGUCUUUGACGCACAAAGAUUUGAGUGUCAUACAAAGGAAAGCGUGUCUUGUCAUGAGUUAAAUUGACACAAAUGUCUGUGGACUACACAUAUUCUAUAGUCCACAUUAUAGACAAACCUUCAGUUACUUUUCUUUUUUUCAGCCUGUGUAAGAACAUGAACACAACUUAACAAAAUCAUGUAUGUAAAUAAGCCAGAAUGUGUUGAAUAUCGAGAUUUCUCUGCUGUGGCGACAACCUUGCACACUUGUCAUUCUCUCAGUCGGCCUCUUGAGGCCCUCAACUCCAUUCGUUUUGCAGCAAUCCCGACUGAGUUCCCAGAGGUGUUAACGCUUUGUUGGCUGCUUUCCUUUCAUUCCCGAGGCUUACUCAUCCAAAACCAUCUCAAAUCAGUCCAGAUUGGGCGAUUGUGGAGGCUCUGCCAUCUGAUGUGGCACUCCAUCGCUCUGUCUGGACGAUAGUGAUAGCUCUAUGAUCAGCUGGAGGUGUGUUUGGGGUCAAUACCCUGGUGGAAAGCAAACAAUGAUUCUACUAAGUGCAAACCAAAAGGAAAGGAUGUCAGCUGUGAACACUGGUAGCGAAGUUAUCUGUGAACUGAAAACCAUUGAAGGUGACUUCUUGGUUAUUACUAUGAGAGACUGCAAAAGCUAUGAAAUAUAAUAAAAUAAUAAAAUACAAAACAUAUUCUGGGUUAACAUGUUCCACUUCCAAAUUUGUUCUGUUAUGAUUUCCGCAUCUUCAGCAAUUGUGUCCAAACCUUUAGACCAGUAUAACAUGAUUUGGGUGUGGCCGUGACUUAGUUGGUGCAAUCCAACGGUCCAUGAACCUCAGGGAUGGACCUGUCAAGACUCUGAACCCUGAAACCGUGGCUGAAACCUUCAGAUGUAGCAUUAAUGAAGCAUCUAUUUAUAAAUGAUCAUGUUUACUUUAAAAAUGAAAUAACAAAAAUGUGUACUACAUUUGUCACAUCUAUAAAUAGAACAAGUGCUGUGUAUCUGAAUUAUUGUAUUUAUGUCAUAGCUUAUAAAGUGUGGAAUAAAGUCACAUACAAUAUUUUUACAUUCUACUUGUGCUUAAUAAACAAAUGAUGUCACCUUCACUCUGUAUGUUCAAUAGAUGUGUUCAAUGAAGACACAAAGUUCAUGCCAAAAAUGAAAUGCAUAGUACACUCACUAUACUUACUUUAAUUUCUAUAUAAGACUUUCAAUCUCCUUACACAGUUAAUGUAACG